GGGCGAGGAGCGGGACGCGCGAAGCCUGCUGGGAAACGUAGUCCGGCCGGGGAGGGCAGGCCGGCGAGCGCGCAUGCUCAUGGACGGCCGAGCGCCCGCUGGGCAUCGAGGUGAGGGCGAGAUCCGGGCCGGCGACUGCAGAUGUGGGAGCCACGCUGCCCAGCAGGCCUGGGAGCGCGAGGCAGGGACCUGUACACUCCUGCAUACAGGCCUGGCCGGGACGCGCGGAGCCAUCAGUCACCGCGCAUUGUCAAGGCAACGGGUUCUGUGAGGCCCACCCCCAAUUGCCAUAACGCCCCCACGACCUGCCGUCGCUCCCGAAAACGGAAGUUGCCCGCCUAGAUUUCUGGGAAAUGUAGUUUGGGGACCUCCAUGGGGUCCGGCCGGCUUAGUGAUAGCCCGGGGAUUCAGGUUGACGUGGGACCUUGAGGCGCAGAGAUUUGACCCACAGGGUCAGGCGGCCACCAAAAUCGAUUCCACCCAUCGAGAUGAUUUCUGCGGGGACAACUUAUUAAUAAACUCAGAUUCCUCCAUAAAGCCGAUGCUUUACCCACAACUGCAGAAGCUGUAGCGUGGACAGGAUUCAUCCCCAUUCGCAGAGGAAGAGAAGACUGAGGCUCACAGUCUCAGCGAUCUAACAAGGUCAUGUAGUAAAUGACCUUACAGAAGCUCGGACCUAGGAGCAGAAGCUCAACCUGGUUUGUAAGCUCCCAGUUCAUUGCUCUCUGGGAUUUUGCAGAUGCCUUCAAAUCUCCCUUAUUACUUCCCAGCCCCAGCUGAAUUAGGGACCAGAGGCCUGAGCUACUUGCAGAAGAUGAUUGGGAAGAAAACUAUAGGGCAUUAUGUGGUGUGAUGCUGGGCUCAGAGGUUGGGGCUGAGGAAGGGAGGGUGCUGCCUGGAGCUGGUCCUCACAGAUGACCUUGCAUAUUGGAUGGGGGAGACCAAGAGGACAAAGGCUUCCAUGUGGGACCAGUCUUGGGGUGGACACUGGCCUUGGAGACCCAGCCCUGUCCUCACAAUGAGGCCUGCUGCACUGGGCUCCCCAGGCCCUUCACCCCUGGAGGAUGAGGGGCCCAUCACGGUGAAGCUGGAGGACUAUGAGGAGGAGGGCGAGGCUGCCCCAUGGGACCCUGGACCUGAAGCUGCACGCCUGCGUUUCCGGCACUUUCGCUACCAGGCGGUGGCAGGUCCCCGCGAGGCUCUGGCCCAGCUUCGUGAACUUUGUCGCCAGUGGCUGCGGCCCGAAGUGCGCUCCAAGGAGCAGAUGCUGGAGCUGCUGGUGCUGGAGCAGUUCCUGAAUGCACUGCCCCCCGAGAUCCAGGCCUGUGUGCGGGGGCAGCGGCCAGGCAGCCCUGAGGAGGCUGCAGCCCUGGUAGAGGGUCUGCCCUGGGAGUCCAGUGGCCCUCGGAGAUGGGUCACAGUUCAGGUACAAGGCCAAGAGGUACUAUCUGAGAAGAUGGAGCCCUCCAGCUUCCAGUCCCUACCUCAAACCAAGCUGCCGACUCCAGAUUCUGGGCCCGAGAUAUCCCUUGAGGCCAUGCAGGAGUCACCACUUCACGUGAAAGAGGAGCCCGGGGUCACAGAGGAACCAGCGCUGGAGUCCGAGCCUCUGGCAGCCACCCAGGAGGCCGUGCCUGCCCUCCUGCCAGAGGAGGCCCAGGUGAGGCCACGGUCUAUGGGAUGGCACUGGGAUCGCGGGCCUCUCCCUGCAGCGAAGCUGGGCCCAGGAGGACCCUCAUGGAGGGAGCACCCGGGAGACUUGUGGCAGGAGGAAGCCGGAUGCAUCUUCUCCCCGGGGCUUGUGCUCCGGAGGGACAGUGACUCUUCAGGCCCAGCCACCAUGAACCCCCACAUCCACGUUCCCUGGGACCUAAGGGUGGCCAGCCUUGUGGGCCGGAUCCAGUCACCCUCCCGGGAAGGUGGCGUCACCCACGCCCUCAUAAUCCCCAGCAACCCUGGAGGUGAACAGGGCCCCGCCAGUGAGGACCCCCGCCGGGGUGUGGGCCCUGCCCUGGCUGCUGCCCGCUGGCAUGUCCCCAGAGGCCGAGCUAGAGGCCGGGGUCGCCCCAGCACGGGCGCCGGGGCGGUGCGGGGCGGCCGCUGUGACGUGUGCGGCAAGGUCUUCAGCCAGCGCAGCAACUUGCUGCGGCACCAGAAGAUCCACACGGGCGAGCGCCCGUUCGUGUGCGGCGAGUGCGGCCGCAGCUUCAGCCGCAGCUCGCACCUGCUGCGCCACCAGCUCACGCACACCGAGGAGCGCCCGUUUGUAUGCGGCGACUGCGGCCAGGGCUUCGUGCGCAGCGCGCGCCUGGAGGAACACCGGCGCGUGCACACAGGCGAGCAGCCCUUCCGCUGCACCGAGUGCGGCCAGAGCUUCCGGCAGCGCUCCAACCUACUGCAGAACCAGCGCAUCCACGGCGACCCCCCGGGCCCCGGCGCCGCGCCCCCGGCCACCUCCGGCGCGCCCGAGCCCCCAGGGCCAUUCCCUUGCAGCGAGUGCCGCGAGAGCUUCGCUCGGCGUGCCGUGCUACUAGAGCACCAGGCGGUGCACACAGGCGACAAGUCCUUCGGCUGCGUCGAGUGCGGCGAGCGCUUCGGUCGCCGCUCUGUGCUGCUGCAGCACCGGCGGUGCACAGCGGCGAGCGGCCCUAUCGCCUGUCCCGAGUGCGGCCAGAGCUUCAGGCAGCGCUCAAACCUCACGCAGCACCGGCGCAUCCACACGGGCGAGCGGCCCUUCGCCUGCGCCGAGUGCGGCAAGGCCUUCCGCCAGCGGCCCACGCUCACGCAGCACCUGCGCGUGCACACGGGCGAGAAGCCCUUCGCCUGCCCCGAGUGCGGCCAGCGCUUCAGCCAGCGCCUCAAGCUCACCCGCCACCAGCGGACGCACACCGGCGAGAAGCCUUACCACUGCGGCGAGUGCGGCCUGGGCUUCACGCAGGUCUCGCGGCUCACCGAGCACCAGCGCAUCCAUACGGGCGAGCGGCCCUUCGCCUGCCCCGAGUGCGGCCAGAGCUUCCGGCAGCACGCCAACCUCACGCAGCACCGGCGCAUCCACACCGGCGAGCGGCCCUACGCGUGCCCCGAGUGCGGCAAGGCCUUCCGCCAGCGGCCCACGCUCACGCAGCACCUGCGCACCCACCGGCGCGAGAAGCCCUUCGCUUGCCAGGACUGCGGCCGUCGCUUCCACCAGAGCACCAAGCUCAUCCAGCACCAGCGCGUCCACAGCGCGGAGUAGCCAGCCCCACGAGCGCGGUGUCCCCCUCUACACCUCGCUGUGUCCUCUGUUCGGGGAGGCAGAGCACCUACCUUACAGGGUUUGUGGUGAGGCCAGCUGUCACAUAGGUACAAGCGGCCGGCCCAGGACUU